ACAAAUAUUGAGAACACAAAUUUUUAGAUUCAAUUUCUAAAAUUAGAUUUUCAUAAUUUAAAGAACCAAUUCUUAAUAGGCAAUUUUUCCCCUAAAAUUCUAAUUAAAAUUAUAAAAAUGAUUGUUAGUAAAUUAACAGUUAAAAGUUUAAGUUAGAAAGGUUUAUUUAUUGAUUGUUUCCGUUUUUUCAUUUAGGAUUAUUUAAGUGUCCUUCUUGCACUUGAUCUCAUUUUUAUCUGUGAUUUUAUUUUAAGUGUGAUUACUUAUUGUCGAUUAAAUGUUAAAUAAAUAACUUAUUAAAUGUAGUGGGCUAUAUGCCCUGUAAUAUGUUUAAAAAAUAUUAUUAUUAAAUUUUUAUUACGAUAAUUUAUGUUGGCAGAUUUUUUCCAAUUUUAAUAGUUUUAUCCACUUUUUCUCAAAAUUUCCACAAAUUCAUUAGAUUUUUGAAAGUUUGCAUUGAGAAUGAUUUGCGUUUGUUUCACAUGAAUAGUCGAUAGGAAUUACUAACAAUUCUUGUGUGCACGCAUGUGAAGAUGGUAGUAUUUUGAUACAAUGUUAGAAGUUUAACAUCUUAAUCUUUAUAUCAUGAUGUUUUACUUCUUUUGGAUAGUUUCUCGUCAUCAUCAAAGCUCAAAAUCCAACUCAAAUUAAAAUCGUGGAAAAAUUAAUUCUUUUUGUAUCGUCAAGUUUCUUCAGGAUAUUACCUCCUUUAAAACCUUUUUAUGUUUUUUUUAGAUGUUCUAUAUAGUUGUCCGGUUUAUUUUUAGGUUUUAAAUUUUAUCUAUAAUUUCAGAGAUAAUGUCUAAAGGAAAUGAUGCAAGAAAUGGAUAUUUAGAAGAAAUCAUCGAGCCAUCGAUUGAAAAUAUGCAAAGCAUAGUUAAAGAAAAUAGAGGGACGUGAAGACAGGAACGGUAGAUUUUAAUGAGAAAAUGGAAGGGAAUACAACAGACAAAGUUAAAAUGGAGGAUGUAGAUGCAGAAAAAUUAAAAGUUUUUGUGAAAGAAGAACUUCUUCAUGCCUCCAAUGAAGAACUCCUCCAGGCGUCAAAGGAUGAACUCCUCCAAGCGUCCAAGGAAGAGCUCCAUCAGGAGGAGGAGGAGGAUGCUGAUAAUCUGUUUGUGCAGACCGGUGACGUUAAAGUGGAAAUAUCAGAGACUAACGGAGAAAGUCUAUGCUACGACGACAAUGGUAAACCUUCCUUUUCUUGCGAUGAGUGUGAUUAUUCUACUUUGAAUAGAGCAAACUUAAUGAAACACAUUGUGAGUAAACAAAACGGCGGGGUUGUGUUCCCGUGUGAUCAGUGUAAAUAUGAACCGAUAGCAAUGAUGAGUUUACAGUAUCAUAUGAACUGGGUUCACGGAACUAUUCCUAAAUCCAGCUUUUCAUGUGAUAAGUGCGAAUAUGUCACAACUUCAAAUUCAAGUCUCAAAUAUCACAUUGAGCACUGUCAUACAGAGGUAAAGUUCUCUUGCAACGUCUGUAAGUUUUCUACUGCCCGGAAACAGAAUCUAGCAUACCACAUUCUGAGAAAACACGUCAAGCAGAGGUUUCCUUGUGACGUUGAAAAAUGUGAUUACGCUGCAACUACAGAAUAUAAUCUUAUCAGACACAAGGAAUGUAAACAUGAACAGCUGAGAAAAUUUCCUUGUGACAAGUGUGAGUAUGUCGCCAAGGCUGCCGUCAAUUUGAAGAUGCACAAACAAAGGAAACAUGAAGGCGUGAGAUUUCCCUGUGAUAAAUGUGAUUACUCCGCCACAACUAAGGUGGGAUUAAAGAUACACAUAGAUGGAAGACAUGAAGGAAAGGGAUUUCUUUGUGACAAAUGCGAUUAUUAUGGGAUUACCGCAGGGAGCCUAAAACUACACAUAGAGAGUAAGCAUGAAGGAGUAAGAUAUCCUUGUGAUCAGUGUGAUCAUGUGGCAAUAGCUGCAGCGAUGCUUAAGUAUCACAAACAAAGUAAACACGAAGGUAUUCGGUAUCCUUGCGCUGAUUGUGAUUUUUCUGCUACAACUAAACGCUCCUUGAAAUUCCACAGGCAAAAUAUCCACGAGGGAGUCAGAUUCCCCUGUGAUAAAUGUGAUUAUGUUGGAACAACAAUUAAAAUUUUAAGGCAUCAUACAAAAAGCAAACACGACGGUAUAAGUUAUCCUUGCGAUGAAUGUGAUCUUGAAGCAACAACACCUUGGAGUCUGCAGAGACACAAGAUGAACAAACACGAAGGAAUAAGGUAUCCUUGUGAUGAGUGCGGAUUUUCUGCCUCCUCAAGCUGUAUUUUAAAAACGCACAAGAUGAAUAUCCAUGAUGGGAUCAGGCAUCCUUGUGAGAAAUGUGAAUUUGUUGCUACCACUGCGAGGAUUUUAAGACAACAUCUGAAGAGUAAACAUCCCCCACCAGAAUCAUCGACUUUAUCUGUUGUCCCCUGUCCCACUGUUACCCAACCUUCAGACAAUAUGUCUUCUACCAACCUACUCACUUUCUCUCCAUCUCUAAAUAACCAACCUACAUCCUCUCUCACACAACCAAACCAUGGUUUAAACAUGUAAUUUAUUCUGGAUCACAAGAGUUAAAACUAUAUUAAUGGACAUUU